CAAUCGGAGGUAAUCGUCGGAUGUGCACAGUUUUGCGUCAUAAGCGUUCGGUCGGGCGAGGGAACAAAUCGUAGCGUCCGCGAAAUGUUUUGUUUGCCGGCGAUGAACUGAAGAAGACGUGUUGUCGGUGUUCGGAUCACAUCGAAGGAAGGCUCGUGUGCUCUCGUGCUGCAACCAAUCCUUGCCUUGCACUGCCUACUAUGCGAGAGAGAGUUCGCAUCGGAUCAGCCCAUUAACUGCCGAAAAGAUCGCAUAGAACCUGAGCAAUCCUUCUGCCUUCUCUGGUGUCGUCAAGGAAACACGGCGGUACGGCUUGGUAGGUGCGUGGUGCAGUGCAAUGGGUGGCUCCGUUAGUCAGGUGUUCCGUUCUGGCAGCGCGCUGCUCUCGAAUCGCGAUGGCCACAAGGUUUCCGAAGCGACGGUGGACAAGGUGAACACCAUCUUCGACGCGCUCCGAGCCAACCCGAAGAUCUCAAUCAAUCGGCUCGAACCACUUCUGCUUCAAAUUCCGAAGUACGAAAACAUCCUCGCCAUUCACGAUGAAACGGGCUACAAUCUGCUGCAGAAAAGUGUAGGACUGAACCACGUCGAACUGGCCAGGUGGCUACUGCAAAGACAUCGGCCAGACGUGAACCGGAGUUCGUGUUCGCUGCCACUGCACAUCGCGUGCCUCAAAGGCUAUGAGGAGUGUGUCGAACUGCUGCUAAAGCACGGGGCCCGGAUAGACACGGAGGCGAGAAUGUGCUUUCCCGGUGCCCAUUCGCACAACUGCGAAGAAAGUGGAAAAUAUAAGAAUCAAGGCGAUAAUGUAGGGGUUUGCGAGCGACCCAACACAAAGCUGCAGAAUGCGGUGUGCUACGCGAUCGAUGGCGAUCAGAUCAGUGUGCUGAACAUGCUGGCACAGAAACUGGAGGAACCGUGGAUGCUGUUUCGGGUACGCAAACCGCUGCUGCACAUUGCGUGUGAGCGCGGUGCGUGGAAGUGUGUGCAGCAUCUGGUGCAGACGCGAUCGGACGAGAUCAAUUUGAUCAAGGAUGAGUACUACCCGAUCCACCAGGCUGUCCUGCAUGACGGGCGGUUCCUGGAGCUACUGAUACAGCAUGGCGCGAUCACAACGGUACGGACCUGUACCCAGCAGAUGACUCUGUUGCACGUUGUUAUACUGGCGGCCAGGAAGUCGGCUGAAGAUACCUUAAACACUAUCCGCAUCCUGCUGGAGAGGGGCUGCAAAGAACUUAUCAACAGUCCUGACUCGCUCGGUAACACGCCACUGCAUGCCAUCAUCGUACGAUACGCGCUAGAGGAAGCGAGAUACGGUUACGACAAGUGGAACAAGUGGGACGUGUUGCAUCUGGUGCGCUUUCUGCUGCAGAAUGGUGCAAAGAGCUCGAUCAAUCAAAGUGGCAACAGUGCACUGGCGUGCGUUUUCCGCCACAUCCGUGACUGGGAGGUUUGCUACGAGUUGCUCAAUAUGCUUAUCAAAGAAGGAGGUGACCCAAACAUCGUCGGUAGAGAUGGUUCCGUCCCGAUUAUGGUUUGCCUGGUGCCGCUGAUCAACAAGGAUCCGCUGCACCACUUUACACACUCAAUGAAGGUCUGCUACCUGAACUGCAUCCGGAUACUGCUGCAGAACGGGGCGAACCCGAACUGCUCGUACCGUUCCAAUCUGACGCCACUGCACGUGCUGAUCUUUACCGUGUCGGAGAACUUUACGCUCAACUGUGAUGGCCAGAAGCGGGCCAAUUUCGAUUUUAUCAAAAACAUUCUCCUGCUGCUGCUGCAGUACGGGCUCGACUGCAACAUCACCUCGCAGCACAUCCUGCAGUCGGUGAUCGACAUGAUCGUGAACGUGCGCACCUGUCCGGACAUCCUGUGCGUUUACGAGCUGCUGCUGCUGCUGAUGCAGUACGGCAUCGAUCCGAACAUAUCGCUCAGCUUCAAGCUGAUGAUGAACGGGGCCAGCAGCAGCAACUUGUCGAUCAUUUUCGUAAACGAUUUCAUCAACUUUGGUGGCGGCCUGAGGGGCGGAGCGCCCGCCGGUGCGGUUGUGGCCGAGGUCGUUGGCGCAGGGCCAUCUACCGGAGCUGCUGGCACCACAUCGGGAGGACCUGGUGGUGGUGUGAAUACCGGUGCCGGCGGUUCGGGUGGAGCGGGCGGAGCUAGCAGUAGUGGUACUGUGGGUAGCUCAUCGUCCAGCGGCGGCACGGCCGGACCCGGAACGUCGUCGGGUGGCGCCACGAAUGGCGCCAACGAAAAUCUGCGCAAUUCGUUCCGCCAGAACGCUCGCAACUAUCUGCUGUUCUACUACAUUAUGCUGCUCACGCGCAAGGAGUUCAUACUGCUCGACAGCGAGCAAACGUAUCAGCGCAUCAUCUAUCUGUUCUACUACUCGAUGAAGCACGACACGCUGUUCAACUGCCUGAAAUCGCUGCACAACCUGUUCAUCGCCCAGGUGCCCCACAAGUCGAUCGACAAUCUGCGCCAUCUGAUCAUCAGCCUGUACAAGAAACCGCGCAGCCUGAAGCAGCUGUGUCGCGUCUGCAUCUACGACAGUCUCGGGAAGAAGCUUGCACCGAACAUCAACCGUCUCAAUCUGCCCGGCCCGCUCAAGGAGUACGUCAUGAACUUUGACACGUAAAACGGGUCACCGGGCGGCUCACUCACUGAUUCACUCCAAGAUCUCCAAGAUAGUGUGCACCUGCGAAUGGGUUGCGAUCUUCCGUUCAUUUCUCUGUUGCGUUCCGUUGCGAAAGGGCCACGAACGAAGGACCGGUUUUCAGAUGCUAACUAGAUAGACAACUAAGACCCCGCUAGCGUGCGUGAACUGUACUUGACCCUAUACUUUGGGCACGUGUGUUUGCAGUGUUUUGUGUGUUUUAUAAAAUAUCGUUUCAUUAAGGUUUGAUUUUGCUUUGUUUUUAGCUCAGUUUUGCGCGAUGCAUAUUGAUGCUAUGGCGGCAUUUACGAACGAUGUGGCUAUUAGCGUCUAAGUUACAGGAAUUCAUUCCUCAAUAAAUACAAAAUUUCCCCUUUUUAGUUCUGCCACUGAUUUAGAUACUAAAUGUCUCUGCUCCGGCUUAAGGCAUCAACAAAUCUACCCAAAGUAUCGGCCGACGGUGCGUGAGCGUCCCACAACCGUACGACAUUCAAAGGCCGCGCUACGUAUAAAUAUUAACUACUAACUAGGACUUAGGGUAACGAACGGCACCCCCUGUAGGCGGCCACUACGACGGGGAUGGCACUGAAUUUCACCGAGUCAUAACCCACGUGUUUAUGUGCAUACUGUAAAUACGGCGUUGCGGCGCGGUAAGAACAUCACGCAUUGCUAGUUCGGAGUGGCGCGGUGUGUUCUUAAUGUGACGCGAUACUGAGUUAGAUAUGAUAACGAAAUAAGCAUCUUAUACAAACUAACGACCGCCGCCAGCCAGCGAGGAGUCGGGUCGGAGGGCUGUGGAACGAACAAAGUAUGAACCAUUUAUGAACUACGAAGAAAACCUAACCAAACGGAUCCGCCACCGAGCCGGUAGUGAUCCAUCGGGAAGGAACGUAAAAGACAAGCUCUUCUAUUCACCGCUGCUAAAUGUUAAACCCGAAUUUCAAUUUACCAACGCGACUGAACCGAGAACCGAACAAACCUUUGCAGUAGUAACCGGACGUCGAACCACAAGAUGUAAGAGAAUGUUGUAUUUGCGUGCGAAUGUAAAAAUGUUAGCGUAUCAUCCGGCAAAACCCGUCUGUCGAGCCCGUAUCGAACGGAAUCUGGUGCUGGAGGCGGUGUA